CGUCGGAACAUACACACCAAUCUGAUCAUACAAGCACGGUGGAACAUACAAAUCAAUUUGAUCAUGGCGUCUCUUUGAUCAUACAGGGAGAGCUCCUACCCCGUUUCAAAAAAAUAAAAGAUCAAUCUGAUUAUACAGGCAGAGACCAAAGUAAGAACAGGUAAUGAUCCCUGUUCCUUCUAGAUGAUGCCUUGCAUGAUGUCUCCUUUGUCUUAUCAGCUGAUCUGGUGUAUUUUUCCUGUUUCUUUUCAUUCGGUGGAAUGUCCCAUGUUCCUCUCUAUUUUCUGUCGCUACACCUGACUCAAAACACAUCAGGCUUAGAUCGUAUCCUACAAAUCCAAAUAUAGUGAGGCAUUACCAAUCUACUAACUCACAAAUCCAACCUUGCGCAGAGAUGGGAGAUAAAGAAAUACCUUGCUCACCAAAGAAGUGGUAUGACCUCACAUCCAAAUUAAAUCCUAUCCAACGCCGCAAACUGGAAGAGUGGGGAAUAGGCUCUUACCUGAGAGCAAAACACAUGAUAAUGCGUCCAGGGUUAUUGUUGUUCAUGAUAACAGCAUUCGAUCCUGCUCGGAAAGUGUUCAGAAUAGGAACAGAAGAUAUAACACUUUCAGGUGAAGAUGUUGAAGCAAUUACUGGACUCAAGAACCGCGGUGAAACUUUUAAUCAAGCAAAGUUUGACACAUCAAGGGAGGUCCCCUCAAAGUUUCUCAACCCCAGGACAAAUACGAUACUAAUUGAUGAUCUCAUCAGAGCCAUUGAGACAGAUGGCACAGCUGAUGAUGAUUUUAUUAGAAGGGUGCUUUUAGUACUUCUUGGUACAUUGCUAAUGCCAGUUUCAACUUCUUCUGUGCCAAGAGAUUACUAUGCAAUUGUAGAUGAUCUACGCCGAGCACAGAACAUGAAUUGGAUUUCUUUGACACUGCCAUUUCUGAUUUCCAAUCUAGUAAAGAAGAAAACAGUAAAAGGCCAAACGAGUUGGCCAGAAGGGAACUUAGCUCUUCUGCAGUUCUGCUAUUGGGCAAAGGUCCGUCCAGCCAUUGGUUUGGAAAAAUAUAACUUCUCUACAUACCCACUUAUGACGAACUGGGAUGAAAGUACUGCCUGUAAGAGAGAUGCUUAUGACUCUGAUUAUGGCUACGGUAAUGGAAAGAUUGUCAAUGAAAUCAUUGCAUGCCGUGAAAAAAACAACGGCGUAGGUUCAGGUGGAAGUACAAAGAGAGACAAUCCCAGCACAAAACAAAUCUGCAAUGUUCUUGAUGACAUGAACAAAAAGAUAUGUGACAUGCAGAAACAAGUCGCUCUCAUACCUGAAGUGAUGAAACAAGUCGCUCUCAUACCUGAUGUGAUGAAAUGCGUACAGGAUAUCCUUAAUCGUCUGGAGAAAAAGGAUGCCAAUCAAACGAGGGACGAAGCAAAUAGCAAACAAGAGGAUGAUCAUACAGUAAGCAAUCCAGAUCUAAAUGGCUUUAGUAAUUCUGGAGCACACGAUGACUACCAACCAACAGCCGCCAGAAAAUCAGACUCUACCUCCGACACUACUAGUGGUAGCUCAGCAGCAGCACGUGUAGAGACCGUGGUUCAUACUGUGGCGCAUGGAGUAAGAAAAUCCAAAAGAAAUCGAAAGACACCAAUGAAGCUUAAGUCUCCGAUGAUGUUAGAGAAGAACCAUCCAAGACACGCGAAAAAAGACCAUCCAGAAGUUUCUAAACGCCCAAAAGAUCAGUCAUGGAGUGCUUCCCUAUUCAAUACUCAAAGUGCCAUAACUUCUGAGCACAUAGAAGCGGCCGUGGAGUAUGUCGUCUCAAUGACAAAAGCUGUUGCGGAAAAAACCGUGGUGUUCCAGAGUGAAACAACUACUUUAACGGGACAAGUUCUGAAAUGCUUCACACCAAGAGACACUUCAUUUAUGUCUGAAAUGGUCAUCAAUGCAUACGCGGAACUCAUGUCCACUCCCGUAAGUCAUGACCAGACACCUCGCAUCGGUGCUAAUACACUAGUGUUCUGCACACACAGAACCGAAUGGCUGACAAAAAAUCUACAGCCUCAACCCAACCCAAGUCCGGCAGUAAUUAAAAAAAAAAAGGCCAAUGUGAAAAGCUAUUUUGAUUAUGAAAAGGUACAUUUCGUCAUUAACAUAGAUAAGGUGCACUGGAUUCUUGCUACGAUGGAUACAAAGCAACAGGACAUUCAGAUUCUUGAUUCUCUGUUCAUGUUUAAUGCGUCUAAGAAAAAAAUCAAGUUGCUGCUUCAGGGAAUAGAGGCAGAAGUCUGCAUUGCAAGGAAACAUGGCAGUCCCCAUUUACCCGAUGUGACUAAGUGGCCAAUCACAGAAAUACGUAAUAUUCCGAAGCAACAUGAUGGGUACUCGUGUGGAAAAUUUGUAUUGUGGUACAUGGAAAACUGGGAUCGUACACAAAUGAAAAUUGAUUUUUCGCAGGCGGAUAUAUAUAAAUCCAACGGCAAGAUGCUCGCGGAGUUAAUUUUCUCCCACCUAAACCAGAAGAACAGAGUGAAGGCAACAGUUUCUAAACUUAUGCACACAAACUAAGAUAGCUGCUUAAGUGCAUAUCUAAAUUAGAAGACCAGCAUAUGGUUUUGUUCCAGCUCUUUCAACCUCUAAGUUAUGGCAUUUGUUAGAGAAGACAAUGGCACGGGUUUAUAUCCUCAAGUUUGCAGCAGCACACAAGCCACACAGCAAUUGUUUACAUGAUCUGGAGAAUCAACUAUCAUAAAUAAAUUUCUAUCCUCUUAUUCAGGUCUUUUGGUUGCAUGGCUGCUAACGCUUCUGUUUGACCAUAAGCAUUUUUAUAUCAAGCUCCGAUAUGAUGCAAUCAUACCGGUGAAGCUGUUCUGGUAGUAUGGCUAGUUCAAUUGGGUUCAGUGUAUGUGUUAAUGAUGCUUAGCUUGUUUCAAAAUUACUGUAUAAGGAUCCCACGAAUAAAUUCCCAUGAAUGUCUGGAACACAUCCCCAGCAUAUGAUCUA